GGGGCUUCCAGUACGUACUUGCUUACUUCCGGAUCCCAGGCUAUCCCAGGCGGUCAGGUUCAUUCAAGUCCACACCUCUGACUUAUAUAUACGGCACAUUGCUUCUUCUACGUUGACACCAGGCUUGGCUUCUUUCUUUACUGAAGUCAAUACAUGUCGCGCCCAUCCAGUACCAUUCACGACAAUGCUCACGCCCAGGUCAUCGCAGAAUCCGACGACUCAGAUAUCAUGGACGAAGUGGUUCGGGCUCUCAGCAUCGAACUCAAGAGAGCACGAGUGGAGUCGGAUCGACUUCGCGCGGAGAAGGACAAGCUGCAACGUGAGUUAGACGAUGCGCGUUUGCGAUUGAGCGAUGUCGAGGAUGGGCGAGAGCAAAAAGUGAAGCGGGAUGAUCGUUCGCUCUACGAGCAGGCUCGUCGAGAGAUCGACAAACUUGUUCAAGAAAAGGACGAACAGAAUGCGAAACACGUAAAGGAGAUGGAGGAUCUCGUACAAAAGCUCACGAGGCGAAAGGAGAAGUGCCGGAACGUCAAGGCCGCUCUCGAAGAGUCCCGAAAUGCCCUAACUACACUUCGAAGUGCAGCUGCGAGCGCGAUCGCCGAGCUCUCUGUGGACGGUGUCUCGACGUCUCGAAAGCGGAAACGUGAAGACGAUGACGAAGGGCACCCCGAGACAACGGAGGGUGGAUCGGAGGCCCGAGAGUCUCCUCAGAGUGCCAAUGAACUCCUGGUUGAUUACUCCAUCUGGUCUUAUGAACCCAAAAGCUGAUCUUGACGUACGUGAGCAGGAUCUGCGACAGUUCAUGGGAGUUCCAGAGGGGGAGCCUUUGAGUGGCCCAUCCGUGGAUCAUUUUGAGACAUUUAUUGGGACUCACAAACACUGGAGUAAGUUGAUGUCGGUAAGUCAAACUGCACGUUAUGCGGUUACCCAGAUGAUCAUCCACGGAAUUGCUCUUACAUAGGCAUUGACCGGUUUCAAAAUGAAGUUGUGCGCGCAGGACAACAUCAUCUGGUCGCACCGUUCAUCCAAACGGUGCUUGUUUGUUUUUCCAGCCCAUUCUUAUUCCUUCAGUACCCAGGCACUUGAACUGCACG